AUGCCGUCAGCCUUCGCAGCUUCUUCCUGGGACUCAUCUGACUGGGCAAUCCAUGUUGCAAUCGCACCAGAAGAUGCCCCUAUCAAGGCAGUCGAUGCCAUAGACACGGCACUCGGAAAGUACAGAGAGAAAACAGAAGAAGCUGUUGCAGAAACAAUGACUUAUUCAGCUGAGGAUUUGAUAGAACUAGGGGCUGCUUGGUACUUGCCAGCACAAGAUAUGGACAACAUUUACAAGAAACCAUCAAGGUUGUCGAAAGAGGAGGCCGACUUUCUUUUGCAGGAGGGUGACUACAUUAGAAUCCACCACAAUCCACGCCGCUUUCCAGCUGUCACACAGUACGAUUGGUCAUUGGAUUCCCAAAGCCAACCAAACUCUGUGGUUGUGGAUUAUAAUCCCAGCAAAGGUUUUCUUGUGCUGAACAAACCCCCGGAAUGCAUUCCGGUUCAUGCAACGGUGGACAACCACGCUGAAAACAUGGCGGCUUGUCUCAAAAGAGCCAAUCCGGACCUGGACUAUGUGGUUACACCGCAUCGAUUGGACCAGAACACGUCCGGAUUGAUCACUUUGGCAACAUCGAAAACCUUUGCAGCUUACUAUGCACAGCUGCUGCGACACAAGACUGCCUCAAAGUUGCCAACUGUCAACAUUGACAGCACCAGCAACGAAGAAUCGGACGAGCAACACGUAUCCACCAAAGAUGGAGGCACUAGCAGUGGGAUCCAUAAAGUCUAUCGGUGUUUGGUCUGCCUCGUGCCACCUUCAACAACCGAUGAGGAGAGCUCUGGUCCUUCCUGGUCAGUUGAUACGGCAUUGCAAAAGUUGCAAACAUACGCCAAGGACCAAACGAUAAUACGGCACUACCUUGAACCAUCGGUACGUGCCCCGAAACGAUUCUACGCGUCAUUACCUGCAAACGCUACCACGACAAUAACCAGCGGCAAAACUGAAGCAGGAUGGGCCGAAUGUCUCAUGCGCAUUCACAAGGUGGGAGACGUCUGUGCGUUGCGUGGAAACGCGGCCAGUGAUGAUUUGGCCAAAUCCUUGUGGAGCUCCGCAAAAGAAGUGAUGCCGCCCACUUGUCAGGCAGUCGUAGAAUUGGAAGUGGAGCUGUUGACGGGACGAACUCAUCAGAUCAGAGGGCAACUGUCCGCGGAAGGGUAUCCGUUGGUUGGAGAUGUCCCGUACGGGGGUGCUGAGCCCAGAGAGUCUUCUUAUGAAAGCAAGUACGGCACUACAUUGGCACUUCAAUGCUGCCGAUUGAACUUCCUCGAUCCCGACAUACGAACGUUUCAAACAAAGAAGAAGGGGAACAUCAACAAAGUUGACAAAAUGAUACCGUCCAAGGGAUGGAACGAGUACGAACUCAAUUCUGCUUGGUGGACUCCUAUACUUGCUCUUUACAAAGAAGCAAUGAAACGAUUAUCGCUAGAAGAAAUGACGACAAUGGCAGCGUUGGAUAUUGGCCUUGUCGAUAGCGCGCCACGGAUGAAGCAAAGAACGUCCUCUUCCGUCCAACCUGAAAGCCUCCCUCCUCAGGCCAUCUUGUCAGCAGGACGGCAGAAGUACGUCCUCGUCAAAAGCAUAGACCCGAAUACUUAUUCUGUCCACGAAUGGUUUGUCAAGAGUGCAUCCCCACAAGAAUGUGGUGGACCAUACCACAAGGAUGUUGCCAGGGAUCUUGUGGAAUGGAUUGAAGCGUGCGGGUACAAGGCGGUAGUCACUGGUGGGGGGCGCAUCCUCUAUCAACCUGAUACCAAGAGGGCCCUUGUGUACGGAUUCAGCUAUGGCUUCGGCAGAGGAGACCAUGCCAGAGCUGCAAAAGUGAUCAAAGAGUGGGACAAGGACAUGGAUGCAGCCUACGAUGACUCUCCCGAUUUGUACUGA